AUGGGCGCUAGUUCCGCCAAUGAGCUUAAUACCUUUGCUAGUUGGUGCGAGAUUAAUCGAAUGCUGCUAAACCCAACCAAAUGUUCCCUCAUGACAUUUUCGAGGAAAAAUCCCCCGCUUCACUUCCAGUAUACACUAAAUGGGAUUCCAAUUCAGCGCGUGGAACAAGUAAAGGAUCUCGGUGUGUUACUUGAUGUAAAGCUUACUUUUAAGCAACACAUUUCUUUCAUUGUUGCCAAGGCCUCUAGACAACUAGGCCUGAUUAUGCGAAUGGCACGUGACUUUAACAGUAUAGAAUGUUUGGUGGCGCUCCACGGGUCACUAGUUCGAGCCUCUCUAGAAUACUGCUCUGUAGUAUGGGUCCCUCACUACAACAAUGCAAUCUACCGCAUCGAAAGUAUCCAGCGUCGGUUCGUAUGCUACGCUCUUCGAAGGCUUCCAUGGCGUCAACCAAUGAGAAACACGCGAUACGAGGAUCGUUGCCAGCUCAUUCGUAUCGUACUCUCUAACUUCGCCGAGAAACAGCACGCGCCAUGGUUGUCUCGGACACCUUGCAUCCAACAUCGACCAUACUUCCCUACCAUCCUUCCUCAAAUUAACCUGAAUGCACCAACGAGAAAAAACUUGAACUUAUUCAUGCGCACCAAUAUUUACUGGUUAUUUUUGGAUGAAGCUCAGGACAACAUUGGUUAUCAAGAAAAUUCCGCCGAAGCCUUACCGCCAUUAACAAAACAAAACUACAGCAACUGUUUUCGAUUUGUUGAUGUAUUGCCCACGAGUCAGGUUGUUAUUGGUAUAACGAUUAGUAAUCGUUGGAUUUUGUUUGACGUUCAUAAGCCACAUUGGAACGCAAAUGUGAUUUUCAAGCAAAUCUUCAUCAAUAAUCAGGAUCUGGUGAUUCCGUCUAACAUGCAACGAGCUCUUCUGGGUUUGGAUAAACAUGCAAAGGAGAGACGUAAUCUGCAGGGAUUUGCAAUGCCAGCAGGAACCGCGAUUACAGCGCCAGAAUUCUAUCUGGGAAUGGAAGAUCGCACCGAUGCUAUUCACGACCUUUUCGCGAAGGCCAACUAUCCAAUGAUAAAGGCAUUAAUGUACGAUUUAAAUUUUACACUCAAUCUCAUCCAAGUCGACAAAGUGGGAUGGAAAACUAAUGAAACCUUCAGUGGAGUCAUGGGAAAAUUUCAACAGAAGGUCAUUGAACUAGGCUGUCUUGGGGUGUUGAUGAGAUCGGAAAGAAUGGAAGUCGUUGAUUACACAAUCGUUACGCUUAUCAUCCAAUCGAGUAUAAUUUUUAAGCAACCUCCUUUGUCUGUUGUAUCUAAUAUUUUCGAAUUACCAUUCAGUGCUGGAGUAUGGUUGUGUUGUUUCGGCUUUGUUAUAAUAUAUUGGUUUGCUCUUAUGGUUUUUAGAGCUAUCACUAAAACGGAACCUUUCACUCCACUGGAGUCCUUGACAUUCAUCAUUGGAACGAUGUGUCAACAAGGUUAUGAUCUACUACCCCAUUUUAACGCGGCAAAAUUACUUUUCUUUUUUGCUAAACUUGCUAGUUUUUUUAUUUUUACAUCUUACUCUGCCAGUAUCGUGGCGCUUCUGCAAAGUCCAAGCCGUGCAAUAAACUCUGUUGCAGAUCUAGCUGUAUCCCCGCUAAAGGCAGGUGCCAUGGAUACAGUUUACGGUUGGGUUUAUUAUAACGAAAGCAAAGACCCAGCUGUGCAAGCACUUUUCCGAAAAAAGAUCAGACCCCAAGGCAAGAGAGCUUUUACCGAGGCCGACGUUGGGAUGAGACGUGUCAAGGAUGAACUUUAUGCCUUCCAGGUUGAAGUAAACGCCGCGUAUCAGCUCAUAAAAGAAACCUUUACUGAUCAAGACACCUGCAAAAUCCAUGAAUUGGAGACCAUCAAGCUGCCGCCGUUUAGUAUACCGGUAGUAAAGGGUAGUAAAUAUCGCGAGUUGUUGCGACAGAGGUUAAUUCGGCAACGAGAAGUAGGCAUCAUCAAACGAUUCAAUUUGAUUUGGAUCGCUCAAAAACCUAGAUGUGAAAACAGUUUCACGGCAUUCACUUCUGUUGGGCUAACAGAACUUCGAUAUUCCUAUAUUUUUAUGGUAAUUGGUUGCGGAAUAGCAUUCACUGUAUUAGGUGGGGAACUUGUGUGGAUUAGAUUUCAGUGCAGGUAUAGAAAAAAUAUUAUUACUGUGAAGGAAACCGCCAGUUUAGCUAAAGGUGUUAAAGAGGAAAUCCUAUACGUUUACUUAAAUUAA